AUGGCGGGCCUUGACAGCAACCUGAUCGCACACAACCUCAAUGUCUCACCCGAGUAUCAACUCGUCAAACAGCGGAGGCGUAACUUUUCUGAAGGGGUAGAGUUGGCUAUCAAGGAAGAAGUGGAGAAGCUGUUGAAGGCUAACUUCAUUAGACCAAUCCAACACCCCACAUGUUGGGGACUUGAUAUCAUUGGGCUGAUAAACCCAACCUUGUCCCUGCGUCACAAGUAUAUCAUCACCGCAACCGAGUAUUCUACCAAAUGGGUUGAAGUUAUACCACUCCGAGACUACUCAGGCGCAACAAUUGCCGCGUUCAUCAAAGAAAACAUCAUUUGUCGAUUCGGGGCACCUAUGAUCAUACGCUCAGAUAAUGGUACCUCUUUCGUUAAUCAAACUGUCAUAGAUCUGUUGGAUCAAUAUGGGAUCAAGUUCCACACCUCGACUGUCUACUACCCGCAGGGGAAUGGACAGGCAGAAGCUACCAACAAAACAUUGUUAAGAAUAUUAAGACGAAUGUCGAUUUGCACUCCUGGACACCUUAGAAGACCCAAGGAUGAGCGAUUCGCGGAUAAGUAUAGACAGUGGACAGCAAGGUACUAUAACCAAAAGGUGAAAGAACGAGUCUUCAGCGUGAAUGAUGUAGUGAUGAAAAUCGUACCGCACGUCCAACGUAAUGAGAAAGCAGGUAAGUUUGCUGCUAACUGGCAAGGUCCUUACAUGAUAAGUGAGGCAGCAGAAAGUGGAUAUUAUUACCUAAAGCGGAUGAACGACUCCUGCAUUGAUAAUCCUAUCAAUGGUAAAUGGCUCAAAACUUACUACGCUUGA